ACCGGGGCGCUGACACACUCCCACUCCCCCUCACCCCCCAGAGUCACAGCGCGGAAGGGGUUACUCGCACGGAGGGUUCCCCCAACGUCACCCAGUUGCGUCACGGGCUGCGCCGCGCCAGCCAAUCAGAUGGCCGGAGAGGAGACGCCUGUGGGCGGGUUGCCUGGCACGCAAUACUCGUACCGACCAAUCGCAGGCCAGCAGGCGAGAGCCGCUGUGGUUUGAAUCUUGUUGCUGCACUGAGGCCGCAGCAGCAGCAGCCGUGUCAGGGGACAGCCGGGGAUCUGCACCCGGGCCAUGGUGACACAGCGGCGGGCCAGGAGAUUAUAAACCAUUCAUCGGAUCUCCGUCUAUUCAAACAUGGCUACUGGCGAGGGAGAUGUUUGUAGCCAUGUAAGAGUGGUAGUCAGAGUACGCCCUUCAAACGAGAGAGAGAGGCAAGCAAAUUCCACCAGUGUGGUGCAAGUGGUGGAUAGACACAUUCUAGUAUUUGAUCCGAAGGUGGAAGUUGUCACUUUCUUUCACGGCAGGAGUGCAACCAAUAGGGAUGUUGCAAGAAAGAAAAAUAAAGACAUUAAGUUUGUGUACGAUUGUGUCUUUGACGAGAAUUCAACUCAGCAGGAAGUUUUCGAGCAGACGACAAGGAUUGUGUUGGACGGUGUGCUGAAUGGCUACAACAGUACAGUUUUGGCUUAUGGGGCCACAGGGGCUGGCAAGACCCACACAAUGCUGGGUUCCUCUGGACAACCUGGAGUAAUGUACCUGACCAUGAUGGAGAUGUACAAUCGGAUGGAGAGUGUGAAAGAAGAGAAGCUUUGUAAUGUUGCCGUCUCUUACUUGGAGGUGUACAACGAACAGAUUCAUGACCUUCUCUCAAAAUCUGGUCCUCUUGCUGUGCGAGAAGAUGCACACAAAGGCGUGGUUGUACAAGGAUUAACACUGCAUCAGCCAAAAUCGGCUGAGGAGAUCCUGCACUUGUUGGACUGUGGUAAUAAGAAUAGAACUCAGCAUCCCACUGAUGUCAACGCAACGUCUUCCCGAUCGCAUGCUGUAUUUCAGAUCUACUUGAGGCAGCAGGAUAAAAGUGCCAGCAUUGAUCAAAACGUUCGCAUUGCCAAAAUGAGCCUUAUUGAUCUGGCAGGUUCAGAACGGGCGAGUGCCACAAAUACCCAAGGUGCACGCUUACGAGAAGGCACAAACAUUAACCGCUCAUUAUUGGCUCUUGGAAAUGUCAUCAACGCUCUGGCAGAUCCAAAGACGAAGAAGCAGCAUAUACCUUACCGAAACAGUAAACUGACUCGUCUACUAAAGGAUUCACUGGGGGGGAAUUGUAGGACUAUCAUGAUUGCAGCUGUUAGUCCAUCUUCAUUGUCUUAUGAUGAUACGUACAAUACUCUUAAAUAUGCGGACCGAGCCAAGCAUAUCAAGUCAGCCGUGAAGAGUAACGUGGUUAGUCUGGACAGUCAUAUUAGUCAGUACGUUAAGAUCUGUGAGCAGCAGAAAAAAGAGAUUGCUACCUUAAAAGAAAAGUUAAAGAGCUAUGAGGAGCAAAAGUGUACUGGACAAAGCCGGGCUAAUACAUCCCUGGUUACAAGCCAGCAGCAGAUGGAAAUAAAGAGAUGUCAAGACAGUCUCCGCUGCGUGUUCUCAGAGAGGGAGAAAAUCAGGGCUGAGUUCUGCAACAUGGAGAGCCGUAUGAAGGAAAACGAGCUGAAGACCAUCUACCAGAGGCAAUACCAUGAGCAGAUUCAGUUGCUGUGCUCUCAGGAGCAGGCGUUAAAGGCCACUUUUAAGAGGGAUCACAGGCUAGAGGCACUGAAAGCGAAACAGUCCCUAUUACACAGGAGAAAGGAAGAAGAGCAAAAACGUUUUGAUGAGAACACAAAUUGGCUUCACCGUCUGGAAAAUGAAAUGAAAUUGUUGGGUCCAGACAAACAAAUGCCAAAGGAGCUUUCCCAGGAUUUACAGUGCUGCCACUUAAAGCUGGAGGUGAAAGAUUUAAAAGCUCAAAUUGAACACAUGAAUCGACUUGUAUCCCUUCAAGAACGAGAAUAUAGACACAGUGAAAAGUUGCUCAGUUCUAUUCUGCCUUCCUUCAGAAGACAAUAUGUUCUGUUGAAACAGGCUGGAUUAGCAGAUGCCAUAGUAGAGUCUGGUUUCCAAGACAUCGAGCACUUGGUGCAGAGAGAAAAGGCUGUAGUAUGGGCCGACCAGACGAUUGUUGAAGAGCCCAACAAACCUGAAGUGCCAGAUAUUACAUCCAUCCUAUCUUUUUCUCAUGUGCAGCCAACACAGACCACACCAUGCUAUUCACAAGUGAAAAGACCGAAAGAAAUUGUUCCGCCAAUGCCUGUAGAAGCCGUCAAUGCUUGUAAGAAGACGAGGAGGAAAUUACUUGAGUCGCCACAAUAUGGACAAAACCUUGUAGCUCCUCCCUUCUCAAAGAACAAUGACCAUGAGGAAUCUAUCAGCGAAGGGCUCAACCCAAUUGUUUACACACCAGAAUGUUUGAAUAGAACCAUCACCCUCACACAGGAAGUAGAAAAACUCCCUGGUGUGGGGGGAAAUAAAGAAAAUGGCAUCAGUUUUAUGGCUCAUGACAAAGAAACUCAAAAAAUGGGCUUCACUUUCCACAUGAAGUCUGGUCCUGAACAGACUGACAUGGACUCGACUGUCAUUCUGUCCCAGGGCAGCAGUGACCUGAAUCCAAUUGGCAAAGAAAUACAACCACCCACCAGCAUGCUACAAAGAUUAGGACUUCCAUCUCUGUUGAGUCGGAACCCAGGAAAACUAAACGAGAAGCCAUCCUACAUGGCGAUGACUUCAGCUGCUGAGCGAAAGAGAAAGCUAUUAUGUCUUGCAGCUGGCAGUGCCAUUAAAGAGGACAACGCGCUAGUUCCCAUCCCAAAACGUGUCCGGCAGGACAUCCCCAUCGACUGUAAAGCACUGCGGGUGAAAAGGGCAACAGGAUUAUCAAAAGCAAAGGACAAUGGCGCUCAAAGGCGCAUUCCCAGGAGCAUUUCCGACGGGAGUUUAGUUGUCUGUGCUAAAAAGAAACCUUUCUCCUUCCUCGGAUCAUCUCAGCCAUUUUUACAAGCUGCAAAGAAAAAGUAGCCCAGGACAUCUGGAACCCAUUUUUCACUUUAAUGACUAGCAACCUAGUCAUUGUCUUACUGAACAUGCAUUAUUACAAAUGCAAAAUACAGAGAAACCUGUACUUGGGGUACAGAAGUAUUAUUCAUGUUUUUAUAUGUUUGUUUUACUAUAAACCGUCCCAUACAUUUUCCAUGUCUGUGCAUCAUGAGAGUAGUGUUUUGGUUUUAAUAUGUGCUUGUGGCCUUGUUUUACUACUUCAAUGGGAUCUCUAGCAUAGCCGUCUACUUUACCCGAACAAUGGAUGGUUAUCUGUAUGCUGUAUUAUACACCAGUGAUGUGGAGUUACAGGGGGAAAAAAAUUGUUUUUUUUUGUAGAUUCUUUUGUAUAACGAAACAAGCAAUGUCCUCUGAGGGGACGAUUACAGAUAAUUCAGCCCUGCCUCCUGGUGGUACAGUCCAGAUCUGUGAAUGGCAAUAAUUAUCUAUUUCAUCAAUGAGCUGUACAGUAUUGCCAACCCAUAUAUAGCAGGUUGUGCGGUUUCUUUCUUUCUUUUUUUCUUUCUUUUUUUUUUCUUUUUUCUUUUUUUCUUUCUUUAAAUGUACAAUUUUCUUUUACAUUUUUUUCUGAACAGACCAGACUUUUUUUCAGCCAAAACUCAGAUCUGGAUUGUUCUCCAGCAUAAAGCCUCCCAUAUAUAAACAGGGGGUUCCCCCCUUGCUGGCACCCACCCUUAUAACUGUGGUAUUCCCUUUUAGCCUUUUCCCUAAGUGUUCAGUAGAUACAUCAUGCGUUUAAAAAACCUGUUUGAUAGCAAAAUUUGCUCCGGUCACCUCUUUCUUUGACGUUAAUUUUAGUAAAGUGCAUUUUCUUUCCCAUUCACUGAAAAUGCAUCGGGCUCUUUUAGACACAGACUACUCAUGCAAACACUUUUAUUGGCAGACAGGAUUUCCCCACACAUUGUGGUAAUGUAAAAGCAUUAGCAUUAUAGCUGGAGAUCCCAGCACCAAUUUACAAAAAAAUAAAUAAAAAAAUCUACAACUUUAAGAGGUUCCUGUAAGCCAUGGUUUUUACUAAUGGUUUCUGUGAAUGAUCAUUAUAAAUAAUAUUUUAUUUUUGAGUUGUAAAUAUUGGUUUCCUGUGUUAUUAAUAUUUUUUUCCAUGUGUACUAUAAGUGUACAAAGCUGC